AUGCGGGCGGCGCUGGCGCUGGGGCUGGGGUUGGGGCUGGGGCUGGGGCUGGCGCUGCUGGCCGCGCUGGGCUGGCGGGCGGCGGCGGGCGGCGCCCCGCAGCGCGCCCGGAGCUACGUCAUCCCCGUCGAGGGGACCCCCCGCACCCUGCGCCUGCGGCAGCAAGUGUUUUUGCCGGAGGAUUUCCGGAUCUAUACCGAUGGCCGAGGGGGGCUUGCAAAAUCCGAACUGGCACAUAUUGAGCGCGACUGCUUCUACGAAGGCUAUGUCGAGGGUUUCCCCAUUUCGCUCGUGGCACUUAGCGUCUGCUCCGGCCUGAGCGGGAUCGUGCAGCUCGCAAAUGCCAGCUACGGGAUCAAGCCUCUGGAGGCUGUGGCUGGGUAUCGGCAUCUCGUGUACCCAAUGUGGAAUGAAAACAUAGAGACUCGGCUGUUCGUCGAAAACAGCUCUGGGGAGGUGUCACCGAAGCUGGAGGACGCAAUAGCAAGUGAGCAAGCUGUCAGUAGAUCCCCUCGGUAUCUGGAAAUGCAUGCCGUUUUGGACAAGGCUCUGUAUGACUAUAUGGGAGCAGACAAGGAUGCUGUGACGGCCAAGAUAGUGCAGCUUUUCAGCUAUGUGAACAGUAUGUUUGCUCGCCUCAACCUGACAAUAGUACUGUCUUCUCUGGAGUUUUGGACAGAAAAGAACAAAAUCCCAACCAUGGGAGAUGCCGAGGAGUUGCUGCAGAGAUUUUUGCAGUGGAAAAAUGUGCAUCGUGUGUUGCGGCUGCAGGACAUAAUGUUCCUAUUUGUUUACAGGGAGCAGUCCCGUUAUGUGGGGGCGUCUUCUGCGGGGAAGCUGUGUCUCAGAAACCGUGCUGGAGGGGUUGCCUUGUACCGCAGAGCUAUGACGCUGGAGGCGUUCGCAGUCGUUGUGGCCCAGCUGCUGGGGCUCAGCCUGGGGAUGGCGUACGAAGAUUCCGGGAGCUGUCACUGCGCGGGAGCUGCCUGCAUAAUGCAGGCCAGCUCGGUACACUUGGCUGGCGUGAAAGUCUUCAGCAACUGCAGUGCAAGAGACUUUCAGCGUUUUCUCGCUGCUGGAGAAGGGCAGUGUCUGCUGAACAGGCCGGCUAUGGAUGCAGCAUACAAAGCUCCCGUGUGUGGCAACAAAGUGGUGGAGCCGGGAGAGGCUUGUGACUGCGGUUCAGCAGAGGAAUGUCGGCGUGACCCGUGCUGCACCGUUGGCUGCAAGAUGAGGAGAGGGGUGCAGUGCCAGUCGGGACCGUGCUGCCGGAAAUGCCAGUUUGUGAAAAGAGGCACGUUAUGUAGAAGCAGCUCCGAGGACGAGUGCGAGUUGAAGGAAUAUUGCAACGGCACCUCUGGGGAGUGCACACCCGACCUCUGGGUCAUGGACGGGCAUCCCUGCAGCAGGAACACUGCCUUCUGCUACCGGGGAGUCUGUCAGACAGCCGACAAGCAGUGUCAGAAGGUCUUUGGCCAAGGUGCCAAGAACGGGCCCUUGGCCUGCUAUGAAGAAAUCAACAGCCAAAGAGACAGAAUGGGACACUGUGGCUCCAAUCACCGCGGUUACCAGCGUUGUGCAUGGAAGGAUCUCCGAUGUGGGAAGCUCGUGUGUGAAUAUCCGGGCUCCAAGCCCUUUCUCAAGGAGAAGGCUGCGGUGAUUUACGCUCGGGUGCAGAAUACGCUGUGUGUAACGUUAGAUUACAUGAAGCCUCCCAUGGAGAGGGACCCCAUGCUGGUGAACGAUGGCACCGUCUGCGAUGACCACAAGAUCUGCCUGAACCAGCAGUGUGUGCCUGCCACUGUCCUGAACUAUAAAUGUGAGGUGAAGACAAAGUGCCACAGUCACGGUGUCUGCAAUAACCAAGGGAGCUGCCAUUGCCAUCCUGGCUGGAAACCACCAACUUGCUGGGAGAAAGCAGGGGCGAUGGGCGGGAGUGGCAGCAGCCCAUCUGGAGAUGACAUUGGGAGCGAGGGCUUGCCGAAGCUGUGGCUGCUUCUGACCUUCUGCCUCUUCAUGCCUGUCGCCGUCGGGCUCAUCCUCAUGGCGCUAAGGAGAAGCGGCCCAAGGCGCUGUCUCACCACAGAGGAGCUGGAUGAAGACAAGUUGGAAGACAAAGACUGUGUGGAUGAGGAAAGGAGUGUGUCAGAUGUGUAGUGGUGCAGCA